GCUCGGUGCCCGAGGAAAAAAAUUGCAGAGAGUUCCGCCCGAAGAAGAAACCGAUCGGUGCCCAAAAUUUGUUGAGAGGGUUUGGCCAAGAGUAACAUUUUUCAACGGAAAAUUUAACUCCGAAUCCGAAAAUGUCUUCAGAUUCAAGAACGAUGGCGUAUACAAAAGUGCCUGCAAUUUUUGGUGAAGCUUGAAUGUUCAUCAAGGAGUUUCAAACUUUACAAAAUUUAAUUUAAAUAUUACAAAGAUUUUGCAUUCAUAUUUGAAUUUUAAAUUUUUGUCUGAAAUGCCCUCGUCAUCUGUUGUUGUUUUAACGGGAGCUUAUCAAAAAAUUUAUUUUUGAAGGGCUUCGUCUGUUGGGGAAAACUCCUUUUUAUCAUUCGAAAAAAUUUGGAGCAAUUGGAGCUUUUGAAGGGCUUCGUGUGUUGGGAAAAGGGCUUAUAAGUUACGGGACCUUAUUAUUCGAAAAAGUUUGGAGCAAUUGGAGCUAUGGCCGAGGAGCAAAAGAAGUUGUCUAGGGAAAGCAUUGAUUUGAAUCAAGUACUGGGUUUCGAAGAUAGUGACGACGAGGUCCCAAGCGUACAAAAAAAUGAUCCAAAAGAUCCGUCUGAUGCGGCUAAAGAAAAUGUAGAGUUUCACUCUGAUGUACAUGAAUGUGACGAGAAUGGGGAUAUGGGAAAUUUUUUUGAUAAGCAUGGUGAAGAUGGUGUUUCUGGUGAAAAGGAUGAACGUGCUGGUAAAGAGAAUAUGGAAAAUUUGGGGAAUAAGAAUGGGAAUUGGUUUUGUAGUGAUGAAGCUCAUGAUAAUUUAUCCGUUCCCGAAUGGGAGGAAAUGUUGGCUGUGGGAUCUACACUAGGUAAAAAUCUGGUCCACAUUUACGGAGAUUAUCUUCAAUAUUCACAUAAAAAAGGUUUCAGUGUUCGGAGGGGGUAUCAGAAAAGGCUUGGUGCAAGAGGUGAGAUCCGAUUAAAACAAUUCGUUUGUUCCAGCAGUGGUUUGACGGAUUGUAAGCGUCAGAAGAUAAGUUUGGGGGUUUAUAAAAAAAUGGUUACUAGAACCGAUUGUGAAGCAAAAUUGGUGGUAUCAAGAAAGGAUGAAGGGCCAUUCGUUGUGUCCAUUUUCGAAACAGUGCAUAACCAUGAAUUGAUGGCAACUGACAUGUCGUACAUGCUCAGAUCAAACCGCAAUCUGAACAUUGGUCAUCAGUCUGUUCUGCAAGCUAUGAAAGAGGCUAGUAUUGGCAUUAGUGUUGCUUGCAAGUUCAUGGAAAAGGAAAGUGGUGGUGUACCUAAUGUUGGUUUCACAAGGAAUGAUGCAUAUAAUCACAUUGAUCGUGUGAAGCGGUUAUCCAAAUUGGCAAAUGAGGAUGCUUCGGAUGUGCUUAAAUACUUCGCCAGUAAAUCUAAUGCAGAGCCUUUUUUCUUCUGGAAGCACGAAUGUGAUGAGGAUGGAAGAUUGAUGAAUUUCUUUUUCCGGGUUUCUAGAAGUGCUUUAGACUAUGAAUCAUUUGGUGAUGUUUUAUCUUUAAACACUACAUAUGGCACGAAUCGGUAUAAUCUGAUUUGUGCUCCUUUUGUCGGCAUAAAUCAUCACUCUCAAAAUGUGAUGUUCGAAAUGGCCUUUCUCUCUGAUGAAACCACGGAUACAUUGAAUUGGUUGUUGCAGACCUGUCUUGAGUCUAUGCAUGACAAAGAUCUUGGGUUAAUAUACAUUGAUCAGGCAUUGGCUCAGAUAAAGGCCAUUGAUGAAACUUUUACGAGUGCGAAGCAUCGCUUGUGCCAAUGGCAUAUCAAUCAGAAUGCACCUGGGCAUUUUGGAAACUUGAAUAGCAACAAGGAGUUCAAAUAAUUGUGGUAUAAAUGCAUGAACGGGGUUGAUACUGAGACGGAGUGGGAGGAGACAUGGAGGCACAUGAUGGAAACCUAUUCAGCCCAUAAAGUUCGAUGGUUUUCUGAUAUGUAUUUGCUACGUAAACGGUGGGCAUCGGUUUUCACAAGAGAUAUCUUCUCUGUUGGGCUAUUGGCAACGUCUCGCAGCGAGUCCGCCAACAAAGUGAUGAAGGAGAUUUGUCGUUCGAGCACGUCGUUAUUUGACCUUGUAAAUAAGUAUGACGUCAUACUCCAAAAAUGGCGACGUAGAGAACGUGAAGAGGACAUGAACUGUAGAUGGUUACAUGGCCAAUAUUUAGAAAACAAUUAACUUCUGACUCAUGCAGCUAGUGUGUACACACGUGCACUCUACAAAGCAUUUGAGGAAGAUCAAGGCUUCCUUCAAUGUUAUUCUUGGAGAAUUUCUGGAAGAAGUUGGUCAAUGCAUGUGGUUUAACGCUACUUC